CCGUCAGCUGAUUGGCGAGUGAUUGAAUGAUUUGCAUUGAAAGAAAAUGAAUUAAUAAAUAAAUCUUAGAUAUAUUUGCCUUCUCAAUGUGAAUUUCACUUAAAAACAUAAAAGUCUUUUUAUUUGUUACCUAGUGACAAUGUUGAGGGAGGUUUAUUUUGUUUGAACUAUGACAACACGGCAUGGGAAGAAAAUCUGUGGAGGCUACGGAAGAUAAAAGACAGAAUUAUUUAAUAACAGAAGACAAUGACAGUGAUGAAAGUGACAUUAGUAACCAUAGCAACAAAGAAGAAAUAGAUUCUAAAAUUGAAGCUGAAAGACUUCCGAACCCUUUACUUGAGCCAUUACCAAGUGCUUCAAACUCAUUGCAACCAUCGGCUGGUGCUUCAGUAUUUGUAACUCAAUAUCAUAUAGCCGAGAAAGAAAAAGAAUUAAUUCUUGAAAAACAUGUGAAACUUUCAGCAACAAAAAUAGCAACUGGCAAAAAACAGCAGAUUUGUCAUAAAUUUAAGAGAGGGAGAUGUAGAUUUGGAAACAAUUGUAAAUAUUCUCACGACAUAGAUAACUGUUCUAAAGUUCAAAAUGUUCCUUUCGAUCAGGAGACUGAUCCGUUCACAGGAGUCAAUAAAAUUCCCCUUUUUACGGAUAGAGUAAAGAAGCCUUUACAUCAGCCAAAAUAUAUUCCUGCUAUGAAAGAGGAAGAUAAUGACGAUGAUAGUUACAUGGGAGGUAUGAAAAGAAAAAAUAGAGCUGGACUCUCUGGAGGUCUUGUACCUUCCAAAAAAGCACUAUCCUCUUUGGGUAGACAGAGGGCUGCAGAAAGACCAUGGACUGUUGAUAAAUAAAUUAAAUCUUUUGAAAUUUG